GCUCAGGCCCGGGGGCAGCUCAUGCGCAUUGAGUUCAAGAAGAUCCUGGAGCGCCGGGAUGCGCUGCUGGUCAUCCAGUGGAACAUCAGGGCCUUCAUGGGGGUGAAGAACUGGCCCUGGAUGAAGCUCUACUUCAAGAUCAAGCCCCUGCUGAAGAGCGCUGAGACAGAGAAGGAGAUGCAGACCAUGAAGGAGGAGUUUGGGCGGCUGAAGGAGGCCCUGGAGAAGUCGGAGGCCCGGCGGAAGGAGCUGGAAGAGAAGAUGGUCUCACUGCUGCAGGAGAAGAAUGACCUGCAGCUCCAAGUGCAGGCCGAGCAGGACAAUCUCAACGACGCCGAGGAGCGCUGUGACCAGCUGAUCAAGAACAAGAUCCAGCUGGAGGCCAAGGUGAAGGAGCUGACAGAGCGGCUGGGGGAGAGAAAUGCCGAGCUGACGGCCAAGAAGAGGAAGCUGGAGGACGAGUGCUCGGAGCUGAAGAAAGACAUUGAUGACCUGGAGCUGACUCUGGCCAAGGUGGAGAAGGAGAAACACGCCACCGAGAACAAGGUCAAGAACCUCACAGAGGAGAUGGCCGGGCUGGAUGAGACCAUCGCCAAGCUGACAAAGGAGAAGAAGGCCCUGCAAGAAGCUCACCAGCAAGCGCUGGAUGACCUGCAGGCGGAGGAAGACAAGGUCAACACCCUGACGAAGGCCAAGGUCAAGCUGGAACAGCAAGUGGAUGAUCUCGAAGGCUCCCUGGAGCAGGAGAAGAAGAUCCGGAUUGACCUGGAACGGGCCAAGCGCAAGCUGGAAGGUGACUUGAAGCUGACCCAGGAGAACAUCAUGGACCUGGAGAACGACAAGCAGCAGCUGGAGGAGAAGCUCAAGAAGAAGGAGUUUGAGAUCCACCAGCAGAACAGCAGGAUCGAGGACGAGCAGGCGCUGGCCCUGCAGCUCCAGAAGAAGCUGAAAGAGCUGCAGGCGCGGAUUGAGGAGCUGGAGGAGGAGCUGGAGGCGGAGCGGACAGGCAGGGCCAAGGUGGAGAAGCUGCGCUCGGACCUGUCGCGGGAGCUGGAGGAGCUCAGCGAACGGCUGGAGGAGGCGGGCGGUGCCACCUCGGUGCAGGCGGAGCUCAACAAGAAGCGUGAGGCCGAGUUCCAGAAGAUGCGGCGGGACCUAGAGGAAGCCACACUCUCCGCCGCACUGCGCAAGAAGCACGCCGACAGCGUGGCCGAGCUCAGCGAGCAGAUCGACAACCUGCAGCGCAUCAAGCAGAAGCUGGAGAAGGAGAAGAGCGAGCUCAAGCUGGAGCUGGACGAUGUCGGCUCCAACGUGGAGCAGCUGAUCAAGGCCAAG